AUCGCCACAAACUCCUGGUUAAAGCGGCGUUUACGCGAAAAGCAUGAUCCGUGCCCACAGCGGUGUCACAGCGGCGCGGCCCGGACAGGAACACACACGCGCUCACUGUGGUUCCGCCCCGCUGCUCCUCCGGACACUGGACACACAAGAAAGGAGAGGCUAAAAAAGGAAAGAGAAAAGGAGCUACAGCAGGCAGCCCAGGGAAGCAGCUCUGUGCUCUUCUCCUGGACCAAAGCGACGCCACAUGAAGACGAAAGAGCUACAAGAUCCACCAACAGAAUGGAGUUCACAUGUGACCAGUGUGGAAAGGUGUGUCCAAAUGCUUCCAGACUUAAAGCUCACUACAGAAUCCACACAGGAGAAAAAACAAACAAGUGUGACCAGUGUGGGAAGGAAUUUAGAGACUCUACUGCCCUUCAUCAACACAUGAGAAUCCACACAAGGCCAUACGAGUGUGACCAGUGUGGGAAAGCUUUCUCUCAAUCAUCUGGUCUCAGUACACACAUGAGAAUCCACACAGGUGAGAAAUCAUACGGAUGUGAAGUUUGUGAGAAGACAUUUUCAGUUUCAAGCCACCUUGUAUCACAUAUGAGAGUUCACACUGGAGAAAAACCAUACAGAUGUGAUGUUUGUGAGAAGACAUUUUCACAGUCAAACAGCCUUGUAUCACAUAUGAGAGUUCACACUGGAGAGAAACCAUACAAGUGUGACCAGUGUGGGAAAGCUUUCUCUCAAUCAUCCAGUCUCUAUACACACAUGAGAAUCCACACAGGUGAGAAAUCAUACAGAUGUGAAGUUUGUGAGAAGACAUUUUCAUUUCAAAGCAGCCUUGUAUCACAUAUGAGAAUUCACACUGGAGAAAAACCAUACAGCUGUGACCAGUGUGGGAAAGCUUUCUCUCGAUCAUAUGGUCUCAGUACACACAUGAGAAUCCACACAGGUGAGAAAUCAUACAGAUGUGAAGUUUGUGAGAAGACAUUUUCACGAUCAGACAGCCUUGUAUCACAUAUGAGAAUUCACACUGGAGAAAAACCAUACAGCUGUGACCAGUGUGGGAAGGAAUUUAGACACUCCCCUGCCUUCCGUCGACACAUGAGAAUCCACACAGGUGAGAAAUCAUACAGAUGUAAGUUCUGUGAGAAGACAUUUUCACAUUUAAGCAGCCUUGUAUCACAUAUGAGAGUUCACACUGGAGAGAGACCAUACGAGUGUGACCAGUGUGGGAAAGCUUUCUCUCAAUCAUCUGCUCUCAGU